AUGGCGUCUUUCCGACAGUCGGCCUCGGUCGCCUCCUCUGUGUGCACACAGACUGCCAAUAUCCGCUUGGCUCAAUCCGUGGCUUCCGUACAAACAUGUAGCCGAUUCUCACCAUUGUCUUCCUUCUCUCAACUUCGCUCCUCAUGUCGCUCAUCCUCUUCUCGAUUCCCUCUCCCUACCCAGCAAAGCCGCAGCUUCCUUACUCAACUACGUCGCGAAGCGCAAGCACUUAAGGAGCAGCCUGUCUCACAAUCCGCACCAUUGCCCAAGAGUGGCAAGCCGUUAAAUUCAACUUUGUCACUUACGAAUCUUCCUUACUUCGUUCGACGGACCGGCUCUAACCAGUUACCUGUCUACCUCGUCACAAAAGCUGGCGGCACGAAGCAGCUCACCAAGAUUCAGAAAACCGAGGGUGACUUGGAUGCGUUCCGGAAUGACUUGGCCAUUAGUCUCGGCAUUGACACUCGGAGCCCCGAUGUCUCCAUCAACAGACUUACUGGUCACAUAAUCGUCAAGUGCUCGGUGUCGGCUACUGUGUCUGCGGUGCAAAAGUCCGGUUCCCGUCCAAGUAAACAAUCGGAGACUUUCCAUCGAUCACGCAUUAAUGGCCCGUGCCCACGGGUAUCUCCCGCGCGACAACGACAUCUCCAUAAAACAUCGGGUUACGUCAAGGCCGAUUUGUCAGAUUGCGGCCUCUCUGAAUUCUCAGGAUACCCGGGUCUCGAGUCGACAAGUCUCGCUCGAGUCGCUGCCAUGUCUCAAGUAAUUUCUACCAACCCUGCAGAGGUCGUUGCUGCCGCGAUGGACGACGGCAAGAAGCACCUUCUCUUGGCUGCAAGCGGCUCCGUUGCAACCAUCAAACUUGGUCAUAUCAUCAAAGCGCUGGUCAAAUAUCCAAAUCUAUCCAUCAGAGUCAUUUUGACCAACUCGGCGGCAAACUUUCUGAAUGGGCAGACUCAAGAGCAGCCCACCAUCGAAUCCCUUGCUGCGCUCCCUAAUGUCGAUGGGGUUUACCGCGACCAAGAUGAGUUGAGAGAGUCGUGGGUUCGCGGUACAGGGAUCUUACAUAUCAAUUUGCGCAAAUGGGCACAUAUCUUGGUCAUUGCGCCGCUCAGUGCCAAUACAUUGGCCAAGAUCGUCAAUGGAAUGUCUGAUAAUUUGCUCACGGAUACGAUUCGCGCAUGGGAUACGACUGGUCAAAUUGAAGGUAUGGACAAGCGGAUCGUGGUAUUUCCCGCCAUGAAUGUCGCCAUGUGGGUGCACCCGAUCACCACGCAACACAUUCGGGUUUUGGAGCAAGAUUGGGGCGUCCAAUUCGAUGCAAAUGGACAGAGGAUUGGCGGUGGCUGGUUUGAGGUCUUCAGGCCGAUUGAUAAAAUGCUCGCUUGUGGAGACCUCGGAAUCGGAGCCAUGCGAGAGUGGACCGAAGUUGUUUCGAUUAUAGAAGAGCGGCUGGCUCUGGCCACCUGA